AUUCCAGACUUGGCUUCCCCGGCAUUCUAUAUAUAUACCCCUAUACUAGAGAAACGAUAAACUUAAAAAAAUAAAUCUGAAUCUCUCGAUCAUGGACGCAAGAGCAUCUUUUUACCUCCUCCUGCCUUUCCUAGUCCUCCUCGCAAGAGGAGCCGGCGCAGCCACACUCAGCUUCACCAGCAAGUGCCCCUAUACAGUCUGGCCCGGGACGCUCACCGGUGGGGGUGGCGGGCAGCUAUCCUCAACCGGGUUCGAGCUUGCCACCGGUGCAACCUUCUCAAUCAAUGACGUCCCGGACACGUGGACAGCCGGCCGGGUGUGGGGCCGAACGGGCUGCACCACUGAUGCCUCCGGCAAAUUCGUAUGCGCCACCGCCGACUGUGGGUCUGGCCAGGUGAGCUGCAAUGGUGCAGGGGCGAUCCCGCCGGCCACCUUGGCGGAGUUCACUCUCAAGGCACCGGGCUCUGCCGAGAACAGCAUCUACGACGUCAGCCUCGUGGACGGCUUCAACCUGCCCCUCUCUAUAACUCCACAGGGCAGCGGCAGUGGGUGCACCACGACCAGCUGCGCAGCCAACGUCAACUCCGUGUGCCCGUCAGAGCUAGCGGUGAAGGGAUCGGACGGGAGCAUCGUGGCGUGCAAGAGCGCGUGCCUGGCGUUAAACCAGCCGCAGUACUGCUGCACAGGGGCGUACAACACGCCGGCGACAUGCCCGCCGACGAACUACUCGAAGAUUUUCAAGGACCAGUGCCCUCAAGCUUACAGCUACGCUUACGACGACACGAGCAGCACUUUUAGUUGCGCGGGUGGGGCUAGUUACCUCAUCACAUUCUGUCCGUGAUAUAUUCUCUCUUCUUCUGAACUUGGAUGGACCAUUUUCCUCUCCGAGGUGAAAAUAAGAGGUCCAUGGGUCGUCUCGGUUGGCCUAAAGCUAUUUGUACCCUCGUCACUGGACUGAGGGAUCAUGCGAGUAGUUUCAUUUUCCACUAGGAAAAUUAAAUGUAAUCUGCCGAGUGAAUAAUGGAUUAUACAAAAUAAACAAUGUAUUCGAUAGAAUAUUUAAAUAUGAUGUCACAUUUUCAAUUAA